GUUACAUUUACAUCAGAUUUUGUCAGUUUAUGACAGUUUCUCGUAUGAUUUCAUGUGAUUUCUUGUGAUAUUAUAAAUACUCCUGUGAUACAACGAAAAUGCUAAACAAGUGUGACGAAAAAUUGAAAUUAGAAGUUUGUAAAUUCUGUAGAAACAAAUAUUUAACUUAUUGUUAUUAUUAACUAUCAUUUUAUUAUUCAACUGAGAUUAAGAGAUUUAUUAGCCAUCGAGACAUUAAUUUAUAGCUAACGUAAUCGUCCGAUGAGCUAAUCUUCAAUUAUGCAAAUGCAGUUUGACACGUCGACUGCAGCGGAAAAAAAUGUACACUGAGGUGUCAAACAAAUUUUCGCCAUUACAAAAAACUCGGUAGAGUCCAAGGGAAAGCGCGACAUUGCGCUUAUCACCUAGACAUCUUCGUCAAGAGCGUGAAAAAAAAAACGUUUUAACUUCUCGCCGAGCAGGACGAAAUCAUGGCUGUGUCAAUAAACGAAAUCUGUGAGAACACGAAGCUGGCGCGUGAAAUGGCACUGAUGGGUAACUACGAUACGUCAGGUGUUUAUUACCAAGGUGUCGUGCAGCAGAUACACAGGCUACUCGCGACCAUAGCGGAUGCGACUCGCAAAGCAAAGUGGCAAGUGGUGCAGCAUCAGAUCGUUGAGGAGUUUGAAAAGGUUAAGGCCACGUCCAACACGCUGCAACUCUUUAAAGUGGACACGCAUGGCGAGAGGCUGCUUGGAACAUCUUGCCUAUCAUUUGAAGAACCAACACGAGAUCCUGCCUUCUGGUCUUAUAAUAAUUCAGAUUCCUCAUGGAACCAGACAUCAGCCAGGGAUCCCGAUGUGUGGCCUCCUUUAACUCCAGCAGAACAAAAAAAUUCAAGACAGCAAAAGAUUCAGCAGAAACAACAGAACCGAACAAAUGUUAGAAAGUCUGUUACAACAGCUAAAAAACCAGACAGUAAGAUUUCUGGUAAAAAAGAUGACAAGAAACCCACAAAGAAAGAUGAUGCAAGCAAGGAUAAAUCAGAAACGGAAAAAGAUGUUGAACUGGAAGAACGUAAAUUUGAACCGUCUUCUACUGAUAGAGAUCUAGUAGAAAUAUUAGAAAGAGAUAUUGUUCAAAAGAAUCCAAAUAUUCAUUGGGAUGAUAUUGCCGAUUUACACGAGGCAAAGCGAUUACUGGAGGAAGCAGUUGUACUUCCAAUGUGGAUGCCAGAUUUCUUCAAAGGAAUUAGGCGGCCUUGGAAAGGAGUAUUAAUGGUCGGACCACCAGGCACAGGCAAGACUAUGCUCGCAAAGGCUGUUGCGACAGAGUGUGGCACAACGUUCUUCAAUGUCUCGUCUUCUACAUUGACGUCGAAAUAUAGAGGCGAAUCAGAAAAACUCGUUCGGUUGUUAUUUGAGAUGGCCAGAUUUUAUGCGCCUAGUACAAUUUUCAUCGACGAAAUUGAUUCUUUGUGCUCUAGAAGAGGAUCUGAAUCCGAGCACGAAGCUUCACGUCGCGUAAAGUCUGAGCUUCUUGUUCAAAUGGAUGGAAUAAGUUCCAACAGCGAAGACCCAAGUAAAGUGGUAAUGGUAUUAGCAGCAACGAAUUUCCCAUGGGAUAUUGAUGAGGCUCUACGAAGACGCUUAGAAAAACGUAUCUACAUUCCACUGCCGAAUCAUGAAGGCAGAGAGGCAUUAUUGAGGAUAAAUCUUCGUGAAGUUAAAGUAGAUUCGUCUGUAAACCUGACAGACAUUGCAAGAAAACUGGAGGGUUACUCUGGUGCGGACAUUACGAACGUUUGUCGAGACGCAUCCAUGAUGCUAAUGCGAAAGAAAAUCGCGGGUCUAAGGCCCGAUCAAAUCAGGCAAUUGCCAAAGGAAGAAUUGGACUUGCCUGUGUCUGCCGCAGAUUUCGACGAAGCCGUCGAAAGAUGUAAUAAGAGUGUUUCCCAGGAGGAUUUGGAAAAAUAUGAGAAAUGGAUGAGUGAAUUCGGUUCUUCUUGAUACCAUUCCCUCAAGAAACAAUAACAUAGUUCAUCAGCACACGUUUGUCUAUUCUGUUUAUAAUUAAUAUAUUAUUCUGUUAACAUAUUCACAAAAAGACCAGAGAGCUUCUUAAUCUUUCACAGCUCGUAAAUGACUAGUUCUCUGUACUUGAGACUUCAGGAAAAUCAAAUUGGAAAAUAAGACUGUAUGAUAGGACUAAUACAAGAUAAAAGUUGAGUAAUGUUUCUAAUUUCAACUGUACAUUGAAGACUUAACAAAGCAGUCGUAUAUAUAUAUAUAUAAAUAAUUCUUAGUAACAUAUUCCAUUAAGUUUAAAUGUAAAUCUGUUCAUAAUAAUAUAAUUAUUGAAACAAUGGUUAAAAAA